AUGGAGGCUUACUCGGAGCUCCUCCUCUGGGCGGGCGAGCACGGCGUCGUGCUGAACGGCAUCGAGCCUCACCGGAUCCCGGGGCGCGGCAUAGGCAUCGUGGCGACGCGAGCUCUCGAGCCAGGCGAGAAGCUGCUGCACGUGCCGUCGGCGAUGCUGCGGACCAUGGACACGGUGCCCAAGAGGAUCUCGCGCAGGCUGCCCAAGAAGACGAAGAUCCACGGGCUGCUGGCCGCCGACCUCGCGCUCAACCCGCACCCGGGCAAGUACGGGAAGUGGAACGCCGUGGUCCCCUCACGCGCCGACAUCUGGGACAGCCUGCCGCUGACCUGGGACCCGAGGCUGCAAGAGCUCCUGCCGCGCGCCGCCCUCGACCUGCUCCGCAAGCAGGAGGCCAAGUUCGCCGUCGACUGGGCUGCCGCCGAGGAGGCGUUUCCUGCCACCUCUGACACCCCUGCGCUGUCGCGUGACGACUACCUGUACGCCUGGCUUCUGGUCAACUCGCGGACCUUUUACCACGAAACGGCGCGGUCCCUGAAGCUGCCGCCCGACGACCGCAUGGUGCUGCAGCCCGUGGCGGACCUGUUCAACCACGCCGACGCGGGGUGCGCCGUGCUAUUUAGCGCGGCGUCCUUCGUUUUCAUGGCGGACCGCGCCUACGCGCCGGGGGACGAGGUGUUCAUCUGCUACGGCAACCACGGCAACGACAUGCUGCUGGCUGAGUACGGCUUCGUGCUGGCGAGCAACCGCUGGGACGAGGUAUGCCUCGACGACGUGAUGCUGCCCGCGCUGACGGCGCGCCAGCGCGCCCACCUCGACAACCGCGGCUUCCUGGGCAACUACAUGCUCGACGCCGCCACCGUGUGCUACCGGACCCAGGUCGCGCUGCGCCUGAUGUGCGUGCCCCUGAGGGAGUGGCAGAGGUUUGUUGAUGGCGCCGACGACGGCGGCAAGGGUGACGAUGAUGCUGCGCAGGCAAAGGCGGACCGCCUGCUGGCAUUCCUUCUUGGCAAGUAUCGGGAGACAAUUGAGAAGACGAUAGACACACUUGGCUCGCUCCAGGCCGGCCAGCCGUCGCAGCGUGAGCUGCUUUGCCGGAGGUGGCGCCAGAUUCAGACCUUGAUAGAUACCACAAUCACGAGGCUUGAGUCCUGA